AUGCACACAGCUUUUGUGGUAGAGGUCUUGGAAUUUCCCGUGUUCAGCUUCCAUAUUAUAGUACAAGCAACUUUCCUCUACAAAAUGAAUAGCAAACCCCCUUUACAAAACAAGCAACAACUUCCCAACCGUACCCCUCCCCUCCAACUCCCCCUGCGCCUUCGCAACAUCCUCAAGCUUAUACCGUCCAUGCACCUUCACCCCCACCUUCCCAUCCGCAAUAAACCCAAACAACUCCCCAGAAUACGUCUCGAACUCCUCCCUCGUCUCAACAUACGCACCCAACCUCGGCCUCAACACCUUAAUAUUCUUCGCUCCCAACCUCGCAAUCGUAAACGGUGGGACAGGUCCACUCGCAUUGCCAAAGCUAACAAGCGACCCCUUCCUCGCCACAGACGCGAAACUGCCCUCGAAUGUCGCAGCACCAACACCAUCAAAGACAGCUGCCACACCAGCGCCGUUGGUGAUCCUCUCCACCUCAGCCACAAAAUCAUGCGUCUUAUAAUUCACCAACUCAUCCGCUCCAUUCUCCUUCGCCAGCGCCAAUUUCUCAGCCGUAGAAGCAGUAGCGAUAACCUUCGCCCCAACCGCACGGAGGAGCUGGCAAAGCCACAACCCCACACCACCAGCAGCAGCGUGCACCAGAAUCGUCUCCCCCUUCUUAACAGGGUGAGACUCCCGAAUCAACGUCAAAGCCGUAAGACCCUGAAGCAAACUCGCAGCUCCCAACCCCGCCUCAAUCCCCUCUGGGAGCUUAAACGACGUCUUCGCCGUCACAGCAACGUACUCCGCGUACGCCCCCCCUGCCGGCGCGAACGCAGCGACGCGGUCACCGAUCUUGAAGCCGUAGGUGUCUCCCUCAGCGGACACGGCGACGACAGUCCCCUCUGCUUCUUGCCCGAGGAUUCCAGAGGCGGGGGGAGGGUACAGGCCGGUGCGGAGGUAGGUGUCGAUGUAGUUUACGCCUGCGAAGGCGUUUUUGAUGAGGAUUUGGCCAGAGGUGGGGGUGGGGAGGGGGAGGUCGGUGUGUAG